AUGGCACCCAGAAGCCAACAAUUCGCCCAACUCCACCAAGAAGAGAGCAAAAAUCCACAUGGAUGGAUGCAAGCAGGAAAUCCACAACCCAUCCGCCCACCACCUGGCCAAAUCCACAUAAGAAAUCCGUACGUGCGCAUCCUUGCCUUCGAUCCGCCCGUCAAACCCACGAUCCCGCUCUCCUUCUUGGCUCCACAUGACAGACUGGCGGCGAAGGCCCCUCUUUUCCCGCGGCUUGCGGUCGGUGGCUCCGGAGUCAAGUCGGAGUCCGACCCGCAUCGAUCACGGGGCAUCUCGAAGGGCGGAUAUCUCAGUCACCCUUCCGACUACAACACCCAGUAUAACAACUUAAGUCUAUUCCAUGUCAACUACUGCACCACACCGCCCUCAACCUCUGCUGCGUUGAGCUUGCGUCACAAGAUAUCGGAACAGCGCAUCCGUUUCGAUGCUACCAAGAAGAAGAGAAUCCUUGGUGAGAUGCAGACCGCGACCGCUGUUUCUAGCCUUCCAGGUGGCGCCCCACUUUCAUCAGCCAUCGCGAUGCACAUGGCCCAUCUUAGCUACGCGAUUCUUCCAAUCGCCGGCUGA